GUAGAGCAGAAAGGCCUGCGCGAGUAAGGCCCAUUCCCGGCCCCAAAUCGCGAGUGCUGCGCGCAGGCGGCACCGCGGGCGCGGGCCCGACCCUCCGCCGCUCCCCCGCCCUCUCCCCGCCCGCCCCCGGCCCUCUCCCCGCCCCUCACCGCGGGUCGCUCUGGGCGGGCGGCGCGAUGUGGCCGGUGCUGCUGGCGCUGGGCCUGGCGCUGGGAGCGGCGAGCGGGCAGCACCGCGCCGAGUACGACCGGGAGGCGCUGCUCGGCGGGCAGGAGGAGGCGGAGGAGUACGCGCGGCUCAGCCCGGAGGAGCAGCAGCGGCGGCUGAGGAACAUCGUGAGGAAGAUCGACGCGGACGCGGACGGGCUGCUCAGCGAGGAUGAGCUGAGCUCCUGGAUACAGCAGUCUUUUAAGCAUUAUGUUACACAAGAAGCUAAGCAACACUUCAAUGACUAUGACAAAGAUGGUGAUGGAUUGGUGUCUUGGAAGGAGUAUAACUUGCAAAUGUAUGAUCGUGUAAUUGAUUUUGAUGAGAACAGUGUCCUGGAGGAUCAAGAAGAAGAAUCAUUUCGCCAGCUUCAUUUAAAGGAGAAAAAACGUUUUGAAAAAGCGAAUAGAGAUGACGUUCCUGCUCUAAAUGUGGAUGAAUAUAUUGCUUUUGAACAUCCUGAAGAAGUGGAGUACAUGACGGACUUUGUCAUUCAGGAGGCUUUAGAAGAACAUGAUAAAGAUGGUGAUGGAUUUGUUAGCCUGGAAGAAUUCCUUGGUGAUUACAGAAGAGACCCAACUGCAAGGGAAGAUCCAGAAUGGAUACUGGUUGAGAAGGACCGGUUUGUGAAUGACUAUGACAAGGAUCAUGAUGGAAAACUCAACCCUCAAGAGCUGCUGUCUUGGAUAGUGCCCAACAAUCAGGGUAUUGCACAAGAGGAGGCUCUGCACCUCAUUGAAGAGAUGGAUUUGAAUGAUGAUAAAAAACUUUCUGAGGCAGAAAUUCUUAAGAACCAGGAUUUGUUUCUUAACAGUGAAGCAACAGAUUAUGGUAGGCAGCUUCAUGAUGAACGUUUCUACCAUGAAGAACUUUAGAUUAUUUAUUUUGUAAUCUUAUUUUUCUUCCCUUUCUUUCAUUUGGAGCUUUUGUUAAAAGCGCUCAUCAGCUGCAUUGCAAGUUUUAUGCUGUAAUUACAGUACACUAAUGUUUGUGUAAAUAAUUUGCAUUCAAAAUUUAAUUGCCCUCCUGCAAACUUCUAGGCCUCUUCUAGACUUCAAAAUUAAUCUGAAAUACUUGCUGUCAAAAUUCUAUAGCAUUGAGAAAUAAAUUACUUCAGGGUAGUACUGUAUUGUGAAGAGUUGUUCUACUGUACUUGAAGAAAAUGGAGAAUCUAAAUGGUUCCGAAAGAAUGCGAAAUGUAGUAACUGAGACUACUAUUUUUCUAAUCAAUUUAAUUAGGGCAGAGUGUGGGGAAGGUGGGGGGAUAUUUAGAGUCAGUAUUAACUGUGUUUUAUUUAAUACCUUUGGAGAAAUACUUAUGUAAAUGCCUCAGUUGUUUAAGAGGUUUCUACUUGAUUUUGAAUGGUUUCUAUACUGUGUUUUACUCUACCAUAAAACUUGCUAUUUUUACAUCUAUGACAAUAAUUAUUUUUAAUGUACAAUUGUAGAGCAUUAGCAAUACAGUGGUAUUUUACUGUGUCAAGACCCUCUUCAUUUGUUGGAUUAAAACUUAAAAUGUUCU